AUAAAAUUACCGAGUUUGAAAAUGAAAUAACUAAAUUGACAAAUAAUGUUAAACAAAUGGAACUAGAUAAUGAGGAUUUGAAUAAUCAAGUAAACCGAAUGAAAAUCGAAGUUGAAUCAAAAAACAUAAAGAUUGAGAAACUAGAACAACUUUACUAUACAGAAAACUGUCGUUAUGAUGAGUUAGAAAACAAACUAUUUGAAGAAGAAAAAAGCAAAAGACUUAACCAAAAAUGUGAAAAAGUUUGUUUUGAACGUAAUGAUGAACAUCAAUCAAUAGCAAAUCUUAGAACAAAAAUUAUUGAUUUAGAAACCGAAAAUAGGAAAUUAAGAUCAAAAUUGUUAUUACGUGGGUCGACAGCAGAGCAACUAAGUAGCUUGCAGGUCAAAUAUCAGAAGAGUGUUGGUAAUAAUUGGAUCUUAAGUAACAAUUUAGAAAUUGAAUAUACUGAAUUAGAGACUUUAAGGAAAGAAAAUAAAUCUCAAAAAGAAUAUCUUAAAACUAAAGAAGACGAUAUUAUGAAGCUUAAAAGACAAUGGUGGUAA